UCUCAGCCUUAUGAUGUAGCUGAUAGCAAAACAGCCCUGGUAGACCUGUUCAUCUUUACCUCCAGCGUCCACCAUAUAUCCUAUUGAACAGCUGCCGGGACCUUAAUGAUACAUAUGUUCGACAACGGGUUUACCAUUAAUACUCGAUAGGAAGGUUAAGGUUGCCGCUUUAUUGGGGAGUCUGACUGACAACAACAGCCCUGAUUGGUUACAGUCUGUGAGAUGUAGCCGAUGAAAUGGAGUAUGAUGAGAGACUUGCACAUUUCCGCCAAGCUCGCCUCAAUCCCUUCGAUCGUGGAGAGGAAGAAGAUGGUCCCCAAGGAGGCAAGACACCCCCAAUGCAAGAAGCAAGGCCUGAGCUGUUCCCUGGGACCAUAACCCACAGUUCAGACCGGACCAUGGACCUUGGUUUAGCUGAGGACCACUUCUCAAGGCCGAGGGGUUCGUUUGUGGCUUCCGACAUUGAACAGCUGAAAAUGGCCAUAGAGGAGUGUAAAAAGCUGAUUUUGGAGCUGCCGGAACACUCUGAGAGACAAAAGGACACUGUGGUGAAACUUAUCCACCUUCGUCUCAAACUACAGGAGCUUAAGGACCCCGAGGAGGAUGAGCCCAAUCUUAGAGUCCUAUUGGAGCACCGCUUUUCCAAAGAAAAGAGCAAGAGCGUGAAACAGACAUGUGACAAGUGUAGCACUAUCAUCUGGGGCCUUAUCCAGACUUGGUAUACCUGCACAGGUUGCUAUUAUCGUUGCCAUAGUAAGUGUAUGAACUUGAUCACGAAGCCCUGUGUCAGGUCAAAGGUCAGUCACCAGUCGGCGUACGAACUCAGCAUCUGCCCUGAGAUAGGACUAGACCGACAAGACUACCGCUGUGCAGAAUGUCGCACACCUAUUUCACUGAGGGGCGUGCCAACUGAAGCCAGACAGUGUGACUACACAGGCCAGUAUUACUGCAGCACAUGCCACUGGAAUGACACCGCCAUGGUUCCAGCCCGAGUCAUCCACAACUGGGAGUUUGAAUCACGCAAGGUUUGUCGCUCCUCAAUGCGCUACCUGGCCCUGAUGAUCUCACGACCUGUGCUGAAGCUAAAAGAAAUCAACCCGCUGCUAUUCAACUUUGUGGAGGAACUGGUCGAGAUCAGGAAACUCCGUCAGGACAUUCUGUUGAUGAAACCCUAUUUUAUUACCUGUAAGGAGGCCAUGGAGGCUCGGCUAUUACUACAGCUUCAAGAACGACAGCACUUUGUGGAGAAUGACGACAUGUACUCACUACAGGAUUUGAUUGACAUCUCCAGUGGCAGACUCAGCUGUUCCCUCACAGAGAUCCACACCACAUUUGCUAAGCACAUCAAACUAGACUGUGAACGUUGUCAGGCCAAAGGAUUUGUGUGUGAGCUGUGUAAGGAAGGAGACAUACUGUUCCCUUUUGACAGUCAUACGUCAGUCUGCCACGAAUGCUCUGCUGUCUUCCACAGAGAUUGUUACUAUGACAACUCUACAACUUGUCCACGAUGUGCCCGGAUGACUGAACGCAAGCAGGACGAGGUGCCGGUUGUGAAAGAUGCAUAAGUCUGGAGAGGACCACCUGAAUUACUGGAAAGUUGCACUUUGCCUCAUGUUGAGCUCUCCUCGAACAAGAAAGUCUAACAAAAGACUAGCUUUUAGUUUUUGUCCUUGGUUGGUUUUGUGCAUAUGUUUAUACUCUAGUGUCUGUAGCUUCAUGUGAACCACAUAAUGAAGCAGGGUACUUAGAAACCCAUCUGGAAAUUAAUAUAUAUAUAUUUUUUACCCAACUUUUUAAUUCAUACUGAAAUUGGAUGUAUUGAACACUGUGUAUGUGUGUUUGUGUGAGUGAUUCGCAUUAGUGUGUGCGUCUGCUUGUAUAAAUGUAGAAGAUAAAUGCCCUAAAGAGAAAAGCCACCUCAUCAGAUGGUGAUUAUGCAUGCAGGAGUUAACCUACACUGCCAAUUUUACUUAACUUUAAGGUUGCCAUAUUCAAACUAUAGUUUCGAAAUUUCAAGGACUCCAGAUUCCAAAGACUAAAAUUGCCUUUCAGCCACCAGUUGUAUGUUUUUAUUUUAAUAACAAAAUCUUGUGCACAUGCUUUUGAAAGUUAUGUGAACGACCUUGCACUGAGCCGUAAUUUCCAAGCAUCAGUUUAUCAGGGUAUUGAAGUUAGUAUGACACAACAAAAAAAAUGCAGUGUUUAACUAGUUAACAAUAAGAAAUCAAUUAAAUAUGUUAGACUUUGAUGUUAACUCAUAUUUCAUCAUCAAUCCCAACACUAUUCAUCUCAAAAGUACUGCUCCUAAAGCAGUCUGCAUUCGUCCUCCACUUGUAUAACAUGCCUAUUUUCAUGUUAGUCUUAAAGGUCUUAAAACAAUAUUUCUAGUUCUUACAGCAAUAUUUCUUCAUAGCAUGGACCUGGCUUGAGUUUGUUUAUUGUCAAUUCUUCAACCUGGAUACUGGGAAAAAAUGAUAUUGCUUGCAAUUGUUUUGGCAAGAAAGGUUGUAUCUAUACAAUCAUUAAAACCAUUAUUUGAAAUAUAUAUACAUAGUAUAUUGGCAACAGAAAUAUAGUCAAAGCAUGCAUCACCAGUACAUAUUCUUGUAAGGAGAAUUGUUUAACUGAAAAGAUUAUUGAAGUUAAAUGUGCUUUCCAUUUAUUCAAAACUGUGACCUCAUUUUAGGCAGUUUGAUGUGUGUUUAAUCUGGUUCAGUUUAGUGCAGUGUGUAGCAAAUAGAUGUGGAUACUCAUGAACAUUGCGUGCCUAAGAUAGUCAGGUUACAUACAGCUGUGAUCCAAACGUCUUAAUACACUUACCAUCAUGUUAAUGGUUUCAGUCUUAAUGUAACUAUAGCACAUGUUGUCCAGAAAUUACAAAGAUGUUAAGUGACACCUUGAGUAAUGUGUAAAUGUUGACCUGAUGUAUGUCUUUUAAACUAAUCAGUUUUGGCUGUGUUACUUUCAGCAUGAUGAUGAUGUACUGUAUUUUUUUUUUCAAACUAAGUGACGUACAUGGUGUUGGUCAAAGCCAUGCCCUGUUAAUAAACGUGGAGUAGUGCAUGAAUAAAGUAAUUAAAUAUA